AUGAAAUCUCAUAACCAAGGUAGAUAAGAUUUCUUACAAUGGAUAAAUGAACUAACUGAAUGUGAUUAUCCUAAAAUCGAGUUAUUAUCUGAUGGGAUUGGUUAUUGUUAAAUAAUAGACGCAUUGCAUCCAGGAGCCAUAUAUCUUUCAAAAUUAAAUUUUAUGGCCAGAUUCCCGGAUGAAUACACUAAGAAUCUAAAAGUUCUUGAUGAUGCAUUUUCAAAACUUAAAAUUGACAAAGUCGUUCCAAUUGAUAAAUUAAGUAAAUGCAAAUUUUAAGAUAAUAUGGCAUUUUUGCAGUGGAUGUACAAUUACGCUUCUAAAGUUAAUCCAUUUGUUAAAAACUAUCGUGGUUAUUCAAGAAGAUUAGAAGCUUUUGAAAAAUAGCAUCAUGGUCGUUAUACACAAAUGAGUGCUCAUUUGAUUCCAAAUACUGAAUUUUUAAAAUUUAAAUAGACAGAUAUUGAUGGCAGAACAUUUUUAAAAGUUGAAUCCACUAAAGCUUAAUAAGCUGAAGAUGCAAUCAAAGAAUUGGAAAUAGAUAUCAAAACAAAAAUGGAUUACAAUUGGAAAUUGAUUUAUGCGCUAGAUGAUCUAUAAUAUUAAAGAGAUGUUUUGUAUGGGUUAUUAACGAAAAUUGAUUAAUGCGUCCAAAACAGCAAUGAUCCUGCAGCAGUUAAAAUGCAUAAUGUCAUUAUGGAAGAACCUAUAGACUUUGCUGAAAAGUGA